UGACCAUUUUGUGUAGGUCACGUUUUAACUUGAACAAGGAAAUAAAAUACUACCCUGCUAGAUAUGUUGUUCAUCGGUGCUCAAAUGUAACACGCAUUUAUGAAAAGGUCAUUUUGACAGAACUAUUGAGGUUGGCAAGAAACUAAAAUGGUGGAGGACUGUUAACAACGGAAGUUGGUAAAAACGACAAUGAAAAAGUGUUCAGUGUGAAGAGAAAGACAGAAGUUCGUAGUAGAUAUAUUGAGUAUCAUGUCAAAUACGGGUCAUAGUCCUGAACCACGUGACCGCGAUGCAGGCAAUAAAAUCUAUAACUCUAAACUCGUUCUUACAAAACUCAAAACAGCUAUAAUCUCAGGACAAAAGAAUCCCAUUAAAACAUUUCCACUGCAAGAUAAUAAUGAUUCAUCAAAGCUACCGAAAGGACGAUAUGAUGAUAAAGUCUUUAGCUCGAUUGUUUGUCUUACGAAAAUCCAAAAUGAUAAAAUUACGGAAAACUCGGAACAAAACCAUGCGUCAAAAACAAUAACACCAAUACUGCAAACUGGUUUUAACAUGCAGACAGGGCAAAAUAGGGAUCAAAUGUUUAACCCUGUGGUUUGCCUCGCUAAGAUCGACACAAAUAAAGUAUCAGAAAACCAAAAACUGGAGCAUGCUUCAAAAACGAAAACGCCCAUACUGCAAAAUAGUUCAAACCUGAAGACAGGACAAAAUGGAAAUAAAAUGCUUAACCUUAACCCUGUGGUUUGCCUUGCUAAGAUGGCCACAAAUGAAGUUACGAAAAAAUCAGAACGAAGGCAUACUUCAAAAACAGGAACGCCCAUACUGCAACAAAGCUUAAAUAUGCAGACAGGAAAAUAUGGGGAUAAAAUGAUUAACCCAGUGGUAUGGCUUACUAAAAUCAAUACUGAUAAAGUUACGGAAAAGUCAGAGCAAAAGCUUGCUUCAAAAACAGCAGCGCCAAUACUGAAAAAUAGUUCUAAUCUGCAGAUAGUACAACAUAGUGAUAACAUUUUUGAUGCCAUGGUUAGUCUUGCUAGAAUCAACACUGAUGAUAUUCCGGAAAAGUCAAAACAAACGUAUGCUUCAAAAAUAGUAACGCCACUGCAACAAAAUUGUUCUAAUCUGAAGACAGGACAAAAUGAUGAUAAAAUGUUUAAUUCAGUAGUUUGCCUAAAUAACAUGAAAGUGAAUGAAAUCGUUGAAAUUUCAGAACAAACUUUUGCAUCACAACCGGAAUCAGACGAGCGACACGAUGGUCCAAACCUGAAGAAAGGACAAUGUAGAGACAAAAUGUUUAGUUCUGUAGUCUGUCUCUCUGAAAUUAAAUCUACUGAGAGUUCAGGAAUAAAAUCUGUACCCACGGACAUACUACCGACAAAAACUCUGGUCGAAUUAGAGCCACUGCCUACUCAUUAUAAUAGCAUAGAAACAAAUCCCGAAAAUGAAAAGUACAUUCCAAAAGGCAGAACCAAAUCACCUAAACGACAAAUAGAAAAUGUAGACUCUAAACUUUACAAUUCAGUGGUAUUUCUGAACAGAAUCGAUGUCAGCGAUGAACUGGAAAAUAAUCCCUCGAAAGGAAGGUCGAUAAAAAGGCUUAUCGAGUCGAAAUCGAAAAGUCGGCCAAAAAGGAUAAACAUCGAUAACAAAAUGAAACAUAAAAAGUUAAAACCGAGAUUGAAGCUUGACAUUUUAGCGUCCAAAAUACUAAAACCAAAUGCCUCAACAAAACAAGGACUUCCAAAAGCUACACGUAAAACAAUCGAAUUGCAUGAUCAUAGCGAAAUAACUAAUCCCGAUAAAAUAUCCAAAACAAUCGAUAAAGACGAUAUAACAAAGGUAUCCAAAACGGACGAAACGCCCAUGACAAACAAUCGAAAUGAUUCAUCUGAUAUAAUCCAACUAGAUGAUUCAUUCGAGAUAAACAUAUCCGAUGACAACCAAUCAGAUGUUUCAUCUGAGAUCAGCCAACCAAAUGAUUCAUACGGGAUAAUCCAACCAGUUGAUUCGUCCGAAAUAAUUCAGUCAAAUGAUUUACCGGAGAUAAUCCACUCAGACGAUUCACCAGAGAUAAUCCGACAAGAUGAUUCAGUCGAAAUAAUCCAAUCUGGUGAUUCAGUAAAAAUAAUCGAAUUAGAAGAUUCACCCGAGAUAAUCCAACAAAACGAUUCACCCAAGAUAAUCAUACCACAUGAUUUACCCGAUAUAAUCCACUCAGACGAUUCACCAAAGAUAAUCCGACAAGAUGAUUCAGUCGAAACAAUCCAAUCAGAUGAUUCAGUUGAGAUAAUCCAUUUAGACGGUUCACCCGAGAUCAUCCAACAAGAAGAAACUUUAGAGAUAUUCAAACGAGCUGAUUUAUCUAAGACAAUUGAAGCAGGAGAUACAUGUAGGACAUCCCAAUCACAGGAUACACCAAUCACAAUUGAUCUAGACGAUUCCUCAGACAGACCAUAUAAUACAUCCGGGGUAUUCGAAUCGGACGAACCAGUCGUAGAAAUACAAAUGAGUAAUACAACUGAAACGGUCCCUAAAAUUAACAUCAGCCUAAAAGACCAACCCACUGGUUCUACCAGAGCAAUCCAAUCGAGUAAUGCAAGCGAUUCAUCUGAAUCACUCCAAUUAUUUGAAAGAAUCAAACCAAUACAAAUAAUCCGAUCAAGUGAUUCAAACAUGCAAGUGAAACCUGAUCAUUCAAAAAAAAUGUCAAAUUUCAAAGUCUCUUCUAAAAGAUCAAAAGAAUCCGACAACCUUGUGAAAUCAGACGAAACCUAUGAUUUAAAGCAUACGGGCCAAUCAAAGAAGCUGAAACAAAAUGAUUCAAGAGACAAUGAUAAAAGUGGACAAUCUAAGAAAGGAGGUUUUGGAAAGCACACAGUCCGAACAAAUGAUAUAAAACCAUCAACUAAACCUGACGAUUCAACCCAACGUGAUGGAAAAACCAACCCUAAAAUAUUUGUUUGCGAUAUUUGCAAUAAAAAACUUCGUGAUCCACGUUCAUUUAGGUACCACAUGCAAAGACACAGUGGAGUUGCAAAAUUUGUUUGUAAUAUUUGUAACAAAGAUUAUGCAGCUAAAAAUGCUUUAGAAAAACAUAAACUAACACACGAAGGUCUUAAACCCUUUCAGUGCCUUACAUGCAACAAGAGCUUCUCUCAAAAGGUCAACUUACAAACACACGAGAGGAUCCAUACGGGGUUGAAACCAUUUAAAUGUCAACAUUGUGAUAAAACAUUUGGCCGGAAGCAUCAUUUAGAUGUCCACGUAAUGACACAUACUGGCGAACGUUCUUGCAAAUGCACCGUAUGCGACAAAGCAUUCAUAGAUAAUAGCCACUUGAGAGUACACAUGCGCGUUCAUACUGGGGAAAAGCCUUAUAAGUGUACUUUAUGUUCUAAGAGUUUCAGCAGGCUCGGUUCUUUCAAAGACCACAAGUCUAUACACACCGGCGAAAAGCCAUACUCCUGCGAUAUUUGCUCAAUGACUUUCAGGCUGCAGAUAGCUUUGAACACCCAUAAGGGAACGCAUGCAGAGAAAAACAGUGUGAGUUGUAAACACUGUGGAAAAGGAUUUAAACACGUUAGUUACAUGAGAAAACAUAUCUCUGAAAUGCAUGUAGGAUUUAGAAAGCACAUUUGCAAACUAUGUGAUAAAACAUUUAAAAGAGCGUACCAUUUAAAAUAUCAUAUGAUGGUACAUUAUGGCAUCAAACCGUAUCAGUGUGAGCAAUGUGGAAGAAAAUUCAGUGACAAAAAGAAAUUGAAAGAACACAUUUGGCUGCACACCGGUGAAAAACCUCAUCAAUGUACCUACUGUGACAAAAAAUUUCGAUUGAGAACGGUUUUAAAACACCAUAUCUAUUCACAUACCAAGGAACGCCCUCAUAAGUGUACUGUUUGUAAUAAAGGCUUCACUUUGUCAUUUAAUUUGAAGAAUCACAUGAAUAUUCAUACUGGUGAACGCCCAUAUAAUUGUAAACUGUGUGGAAUGACUUUUGUUUUCAACCAUCUAAGCAAACAUUUACGCUUUCAUUGUAAAAUGCGGAACAGCAGUGAAAAUACUAAUGACAAAUCACUUGACGGAGGUGCGUCUUCGUCAGAGAAAAAUAAAACGACAACCGUGCAUAAAGAUCGUAAAGGUCGUGCUACGGAAAAGGGAACACAAACCUACGUCUGCAACGUGUGUAAUAAAGAACUGAGAACAAGUGUAGAUCUGCGCGUUCACACUAGAACGCAUACAGGCGAACGUCCUUUUAAAUGUGUUAUCUGCAAAAAAUCCUUUAUGCGAAAUUCUGAAUUGAAAGAACAUACCAAACGACAUUCUCAGUCGGCAGUGGCGCGACCUUGGCAAUGUGAUGUGUGUCAGAAAAAAUUUGCUUAUAAAUCUAUCCUAAAUAAACACAUGAUGGUUCAUACUGGCGACAGGCCAUAUAAAUGUGACGAAUGUGGACAGGAUUUUGUGUUCGAGGCCUCAUUAACGAGUCAUUAUAGAAAUCAUGCUGGCAUCAAGCCUUAUAAAUGCAGUCACUGCGAGAAGAUGUUUAUUACUUUAUCUCAAUUGAAAAGGCACGAAUUUAUCCAUACUGGCCUAAAACCACACUCUUGUGAUCAAUGCGAAAAAUCAUUUGGUAGAAAGGAUCAACUGAAAUCACACAAGCUUAAAGUUCAUUCAAAAAGUAAAUGUUUAGCCAAGAAAAAAGAACAAAAGGACGAUUGAUCUUGCUUGAUUUCUUCAAAACAUUGACAUUGACAUUGUCGGGUUGAAUCAUGAAGUGCAUGGUUUAUCAAAGUUUGUAAAUCUUUUGAGCAAUUCUUGAUAUCGUUAAAAUUUGAAUGUAAAAGAAUAAAAUCUACAAUAUAUACAUGUUGCAAAUAA